AUGACCGAUCUCCUCCGCGUCCUGCCGCACUUCCCCGUCGGCCAGUAUGCACAUCUGAUAUCCACCCUUGAGAAGGUCGGCCUCACCACCAGCGACCUCUUGACGCUCGAAGCAGCCGACCUUGGGAAACGUACCCAACUUCCCCUGCUCGAUAUCAAGCGCCUCUGUGCCGCCAUCCUCGCUGCUCUUCACGAUGACCUGGGCGUCUUUGCCACAUCCCGCCGUCAACAGGGCCAUCAGACAGUCGGUAGUAGUAGCACCGUUCCUGCUGCGCCAUUACCGACGCUGAAGAACACACCCGCCUCCCUCGCCUCCCAAUGGCAGACCAUCAGCACCCUAGAUCCGGACCUCGACCGCGCUCUUGGCGGCGGCGGCAUCCCCGCCGGCUACGUGACCGAGAUCACGGGCGAGUCCGGCGCCGGCAAGACGCAGUUCCUGCUUACCUUGCUGCUCGCAGUCCAGCUGCCGCCUCCUCACGGCCUCGGCAGACCGGCGCUUUACAUCAGCACAGAGGCGCCGCUUUCCACCAGAAGGCUGGCUCAAAUGCUUACCACCAACCCCUUCUUCAAGGGUCUUGACGAGACCGACGGCGCCAGCAGCGUGAGACCAUCGCUUGACAACAUCAUCAGCACCGUCACGCCCGACCUGGAAAGCCAAGAUCACAUCCUCACUUACCAAGUACCCGUGGAGAUUGAGCGGCGCAACAUUGGCUUGCUGGUGCUCGAUAGCGUGGCAGCCAACUACCGGGCCGAGUUUGAGCGUUCCUCUAAGAAAGACGCAACGACCUCAUCGUCGACACCAGGCCCCGGAGCGCGAUCCUCUAACAUGGGAGCCCGCACCGCCGAGCUCGUCCGUCUGGGUAUGCAACUUCGCGACCUCGCGCAAAAGUACAACCUAGCCGUGGUGGUGUCGAACCAAGUAGCCGAUCGGUUCGGGUCUAAGAUGCCGGAGCCUAUUACUUCUUCCAUUCCUCGCUCCUCCUCCUCCGGCAUCCCUCGCUCCAGUGCCGCUAUUCCCAUGGCCACCGCCACACCAGGGGCAUCAACCCCCUACCCUUAUCCGCACACUCCCUACCCAGAAGACGAUCCUCCUCAACAGCACCACCCCUCCCUCCACCUCGACAACCAACAACGCUUUUUCACCGGCUGGGGCGACGACCCCUACGCCUCUUUCCCCCUAAAAACUCCCUCGUUGGGUCUGGUCUGGUCCACCCAAAUCUCUGCGCGGAUAGCCUUGUUCAAAAGGCCGGCUUAUGGACGUUCGAAGUACCAAGCUGAUGACGAAGACGCUGGCGGGGGCGGCGCAGAAAAAGGCAUGCCGAUGCUGAAAAGCUGGAGACGGUGGAUGAAGGUUGUUUUUGCGGGGUGGACGCCGGAGAGCGGGACUGGAAUAGGGGAGGGAAGCGUGGAGUUUGAGGUUUGGAUUGGGGGGUUUGAGGGGUGUUGA